AUGUCUACAAGACGUACUACUCGAGCUGGUAGCCGCACUGCUACUAGUGUUUCCGGAUCUAAUGCUGUUGGUCCUGAAGAUAUACCAGCAGCUCGAACACCAGGUAGAGGACGUCCUAGAAAAUCGGCUGGCUCAGUGAUUGGUUCGGAACGCGGCGCUGGUCCCCCUCCUGUGGCAGCUUCUACAAGUACUGCGUAUGGUACAAAUACACUUGCACUCCCAAAUUAUGGUCCAAGAGCGGCCCCAUUGGCCAACGACAUCUCUUCUGUCAUUGAAGGUCUUUUAGAGCCAGAAUCUUCUAGCAAGGGAACCAAACCUAGAGCAAAUUCUCCUGAGGAAUCAAUUCCUGAUGUUGAUGCUCGUCCUGCCAAACCAGUCCCUUAUGCUCCUGCUCACAUUCCUUCCAUGCGCUCGAGGACUGGACCUGUCAAACGACGGCUUCCUCCAAGCGCCAAUCGAAAUUUCCAGAAUGAGAGUCAAUUGUACGACAAUGCUAGCAUUAUGUCUGAUUCAUACCAACAACAAGACUAUGAUUUUCAUAUCUCCACCCCUUUGGACGAAGACGAGCUAAACCGUCGUACUGCAUUACGAGAUAUCAUGGAAGAGCAGCAAUACAUGCGGGGUGGUGCUCCAACUGGGCCGAUAUUAGAGCUUAGGGAUAGAACUGUUGUUGACGUUGGACAGGGUUUAAGAUGGCCGUUCAGGCUUUUUGCAAGGCUUACAAAGGGCCUCUUCAAUCUUUUUGGCGAUAUCACCAAGUCUUUAAUACCGAUGUUUCUUCUUGGCCUCAUUGCCUUCAUUGCAUGGACUAUCUUUUUGAAUAGUGGCGAGCCUAGCCUACGUUGGUAUGGCACCGACAUGUCGUCAAAUAUUGGACAAUUUAUCCCAUCGCAAAUCAAACAUCCCACUCGAAUAUUCGCCCCGGGGGAUCUCAAGGAAGUAUACCGCCGUCUGGAUGCUGCGGAAGCUGAUAUAACGUUCCUCAAGCAUCGUUCUUCAAUUGACAAAAAUGCUCUGGAAGAAAUCCAGAAAUUGCUUCCAGAUUUCCUUGUUCUUGAAAAGGACUAUGCUGGAAAAGCAGUUCUCCCUGCAAAACUUUGGCAAGCUAUGCGAGACAAGAUUCGAAGUGAUCCAUCUCUCAUUCCGGAGCCUGUCUAUGUUACUUCCGAUGGCUCUCCCGAUCGUCCUACAACCUCUCCCUCCCCAUCUGAUAUUCCUAGUACUGGAGCUAUCAAUUCCAAGCACUUUGAUCGAUGGCUUGAAAGUAAUAGACUUAAGAUUCAGGGCUGGGCUGGCUCUGAAUUCGACGGUCUUCAUCAAGCUCGAAUACAACAACUUAUCAAAGAUGGUAAGAUUGCCUCGAAAGAUGAUGUCAUCGAAUUGAUCAAGAAGGACUGGAAAGAUAAGUCAGCAGACAUUAAAUUGGAGCUUCAAAAACACAUUACAGAUUUGGAAGACAAGGUCACAAAUCUUGGGAAGAAUGCUCUCACCGCUGGGCAAGUGAAAGCAAUUGCUAAAGCAGUUAGCAUAGCUCAAAUUGAAGCUCUCUCGAACGCAAAUGUCAACCAAGAGGUCGCUCGACCCCUUCGACGUAUGGACCAUUUCGCCAAACGAUCCCAUUCUGCUGUCAUUCCUCGUCUCACCUCACCUUCUUACCGAUUUCCACACAUGGAUUUUGGAUUUAUUCACAGAAGUAUUGCCUUGAUCUUCAAUCAACCUAUUCCCCUCCCCAAUUCCGCCGAUACAGCUCUUACCGCAUGGGAAGAAAUUGGUGAUUGUUGGUGCUCACCACAACAGAAUGGUCACGGCCCUACACUUGGUGUCGUAACGGCUAAUCAUAUCUGGCCCGACCAAGUUGUUGUGGAACACUUCCCUCAAUCCGGUUACGAAAAUUCAGGUCUCUCACCUCUCUCAGCACCAAGCCACAUGGAACUUCUAGCCUAUAUCCCUCACACCCCUACUUUCGCGAAAGUCAAAGUGAGCUCUGAUGAAAUCUUCCCAGAUGAAAAUUAUGAUGAUCUUGAAUCUGGCUGGGUAAAGCUGGGCGAUUGGACAUUCGAUGCUUAUGGUGCAAGCACUCAAGCUUUUACGAUACAAGUAGAUCUUAAGGAUUUUGUAACGGAACCGAUUGAUAACAUCAUGAACGAUACGUCUGCUAGUAAUAAAUUCUUGAUCAGAAGUAAGGGGAAUCAUGGCAAUGGUAAGGUGCCUUAUACUUGUCUUUAUAGACUUAGGUUACAUGGAGAUGUGAGACCAAAUGAAAGUACUCUUUACACGGGGACUAGUGAAGAUUGA